AUGGCACGCAUCCUAGCAGGUUUAGAAAAUAACUGCCUCGCUUAUCUGGACGACAUCGUCAUAUUUGACAAGGAUUUUCCCAACCAUCUUCAAUCAUUACGUAAGGUCUUCUACCGGUUCCGCCUUUUUAACAUUAAGGCGUGUGGCAUGGCCAAGUUCUUCAGGAAGUUCAUUCCAAAUUUUGCAUUGGUAGCGCCCCCCUUGUGAGCCCUCUUAAGGGUGAGGCGAAGUUUGUAUGGGGACCGGAGCAGCAAGAAGCCUUUGAACGGCUUAUGCUUCAGCUGACGUCGAAGCCAUGUCAGGGAUUCCCACAGGGUAAUUACAAAGACCCGACUUUUGCUCGAUCGCUGUACGUUCUCCUUGCGAAUCUUUUAUUUCUAGUGUGCUAUAUUCACUUCGUGGUAAGGCAACCUUUUUUUUAAUUGGUGAGCCGCGUAGCAGAAGAUACCAACAGUAUGUCGUCGAGUCGCACGUCGACCGAAGAAGUAGACAAUGGCUGCGUAGCGGCCGAAUCAACAAAUAUCCUCUCCGAGGUUUCAACCGAGGAGGUUUCCGCCAUGGACACAUCCGAACCGGUGUCCGAGACACAAGGUUCAAGUUCUCAGCACAAGGAUACGGUAUCCUCUCAGAACCCAGAGCCUCCGGUCUUACAGGUUCGAUGGGGAGCUCCCGUAUCGCUAGAAUCGCGCUCGCGUCGCUCACCUACUCCGAGCAGCCAGUCCAGCUCCUCCACGGUAGAGCAACCAACCCGGAAAGCUAAGCCCCAGCAGACUCGUAAGUCAUCGCUCGCGAACAUGACGGCCUCUCUGGAACAGCUGGCAGUAGCUCACCUUUCUCCCCCACACCCUAUGGAGGUAGAAGAGGAAGGAGACCAUUCACCAACCCCCCCCCCACCUAAGCUACGUCGCAGCGGAUCUAGCCGACGCCAGCCGGAGGCUUGGUCAUUCAGAGUCAAUCAACGUACUCUUACGUUGACCCCCGACCAGCGAGACGCGUUCCGAGUAGGCGCAAGUCGCAUUCCGCUGGUAGCCAUCCAAGCCGCGUUUGGCACCAGCAAAACACUGUUUACGGAAACGCUGUUGUCAUUGGAGGACUUUCCCGAUAUGUAGGUGGUUCGCCACAUCUCGGACACGGAUGCGGCGGACAAUCUCACCACAACGCCCGUGGACCUCAGUAAGGUACUUCUCACCCUGGGAGACAGGUUUAGGCACCAGCUGUUCCAAGAAGAUCUGGAAGUCUGCCGUCGUUUUAAACGGUAUCGUUCCUUAG